AUGUCAGAUGCCUUCCUGGCUCACGGCAUGUUCACACCUUUCAAACAGGAGAAUCCCUAUGCUGAUGGCACUGGACUGGGUCUGUCCAUUGUCAAGCAUAUAGCUCGCGGCAUGGGUGCCAAACUAGACGUCUCCAGUAAGCUGGGAGAGGGUACCACGGUGCAAGUCCGCUUUAUCGCCGAGUUCGUCACAGACGAAACUGCAACAGAUGUUGCAUUCACGCAGGACACACUACCAGAUUGGACGGCGGAUCUCAAAGUCGAUCAGCUGCAACUACUUUCAGGGCCGCGCGCUGAGGCUGAUGCCACUGACUCGCCAAUUACUAGCAGUGUCAUAGACAAUGCGGAGGAAUGGUUGAGUUGCGAAAUCAACCGAAGCAACGAGAUUACCCACGGCAAUGGGACAUCUCUUUGUGGUAUCACCGAGGAAGAUCUUGCGGAAUGGCAAAGGACGCAACCCAAGCUUUUCUCGAAGCUAAUAAACAAUGUCGCAUUGGCGCAUUCUCACCUCUUCGUUUUCGGAAUGUCGAUGGCUUCCGUGACUCUAUCAUGCGGUCCACUUCCAGUCAGGCCAGUGUUCAUACAUCAGCCGAUCGGCCCACGAAAGUUGCUGCGUGCAAUAGCGUCAGAUCGGAGCUCGACUGUGAGCGGCGACGACCAGGCUGAACGACCAUCCAUGCCUCAUCCCGUCGAGCGUCAAAUCAGUAGCGAUACGGCACGCACCGUGACUAGAAAUGCUCGAGGCGAUCCUGUGAAAAGGAACUCGCUCUCGUCCGACUCGCUGUCUUUGGCACAAUCCAGAGACAGCAGAAGCUGUUCACCAUCAAGCAGAGAUGGCAGCGAGACGUUGUCCGCAAGCAUGUCAACAGGAGCAACAUCACAUGGAUACUCAGUCGAUGCCUCAGUGGCUUCAGUCAGUACAGGUAGUGUAGCCGGACCACUCGAUGGCCAGCGUGAUGCGAGGGGAACAAACGAUACAAUCCUUCUCGUUGAAGACAAUGAGAUCAACACGAAGUUCCUCAUUGCCCUCGUCUCCAAACUCAAGAUACCCUACAUACAUACAAUAGCAGUGGAGGGAAGACGAAGGACUUGGACGAUGUAUACAGGCCCAUGA